GGUUUGUUGCUCAUGCGCACUGACUCAACUACGAAAUAUGGCGGCUGACGACUGCUAGAGAAAAGUGUUGGGAUCUGAUCAAUUUCGUUAAAAAGCUGCCCUGGUCAGUACUACAGGGCCAUAGUUGCACACUGGGUGGACCACCUGCCUGUCAUUCCCAUUGCCUUGUAGAAUAACCACAUUACCCAGGAGCCAUCAUGGGCAGGACAUCAGUCAAAGAUCAGAAGGAGAAAGCAGGAAGUCUCCUUCCUCCAGGUCCCACUCCUGCUAAAGAGUCGUUCAGUUGGGAGGAGUACCUGAAGGAAACAUCAUCUACCCCGGCUCCACCUAGCUUCUUCAGACAGUCCAGAGUCCCUCCCUCCAAUGACUUCAAGGUGGGGAUGAAGCUGGAAGUCCAUGACCCUCGGAACUCCACCUCUGUGUGCAUCGCCACUGUGAUGGGCAUGACGGGUGUGCGUCUGCGUCUUCGUCUGGAUGGCAGUGACAACACCAAUGACUUCUGGAGGCUGGUCGACUCCUCAGACAUCCAGCCUAUAGGAACCUGUGAAAAGAAUGGGGACAUGCUGCAGCCGCCGCUGGGCUUCAGAAUGAACGCGUCUUCCUGGCCCAUGUUUUUGCUGAGAACCCUGAAUGGAGCAGAGAUGGCCCCGGCUACCGCUUUUAAAAAGGAGCCUCCACCACUGUCCCAGAAUAACUUUAAGCCAGGGAUGAAGCUGGAAGCAGUAGAUAAGAAGAACCCCUACCUCAUCUGCCCUGCUACCAUCGGAGAGGUGAAGGGAGAGGAAGUGUUUGUGAUGUUUGAUGGGUGGAGGGGGGCGUUUGACUACUGGUGUCAACACCACUCUAGAGAUCUCUUCCCUGUCGGGUGGUGCUCCGUUACCAAACACAGCCUUCAGAAGCCUGGCAACAGUGUCAACCUGCCAAAGAACCUGCAUGUCCUAACAGCAGCCCACAUCCCCUCCAAGCCUAGCCGUAGAUCCAUGCCUGCGUCCUUCCGGCUUCCCAGCCCCCUGCCCCCGCUGCCUGUCAGGAAGGGGGUGCGGGGGCGGCGCCCCAAGAGUGAGACCAUCGCCCUGCUGAAGGCUGUAGCGGAGGCAGCUGCAGCUCAGAACGGCACGGCUCCAACCUCUAACUCACUGCUGGCUCCCAGGCCUCACAAGAAGAGAGGCCCUAAACCUGGCAGCAAGAGGAAGCCCAAGGUGCUCCAGAACGUAGUGUCUUCAGGUGCUGCGGAUGCCAAGCUGUCAGGGGGUCAACAGGACUGCUUCAGCUCUGUGGUCUCUACAGUGUGUGUGUAUGUGAACAAGCAUGGGACCUGUGGGCCUCACCUGGACAGGAAGCAGAUGCAGCGUCUUCCGGACCACUUUGGGCCAGGUCCUGUUAACGCGGUGCUACAACAGGCAGUUCAGACUUGUCUAGACUGUUGUUACCAACCAAAGGUGCUGCUCAGAACUCUACAGGCACACGCUGGGGGAGGAGAGGUUGUCAGUGUGAGGAUGGAUGGUGGAGUUCGUCUGGUGAAGCUGCCCUCGGCCUCAAGCGCCUCCUUUGUGCUCCGCUUCCUGGAGACGCUGUGCCGCACGCUGCAGAGUAAUUUCCUCUUCAGCUCCCAGCCCUUCAGCAACAUAUACACCUACAGUAAAUAUGUGAAGGAGGAGGCGUUGGAGGCCCCAUCACUGAGCCAGGGGAUGAAACGUCUAUCUAGAGACGCAUCCCCCUACGCAGCCCCCCUUUCUCCUAAACUACUGUGCACCGAGGCACACCUUUCAGAAGCAGAUACUCUGCCCCAUGAGGAGAACAGCCUUCUGAAGGAGCAGUGCUUCAUGGACUCUAACUCCAUGAUGCUGCGCAGCACCUCUGACUACCACACCCACUCCCAGGCCAGCAGCCCCUAUUACCCAUGCCAUGGCCCCGAACGCGCCCACAGCACGCCACUGCACCGCCUUGCCUCCAACCCUGCGGACCUCCCCUGUACACACACCAACAGAGGAGUGGAAGCCGCCAGCUCCACCACGGGCCCCGAGCCCACGGGCCCUGACAGACAGACCCCCAGGGGGGCGGGGUUGGGCAGGAACCCCUCUACUUGGUCCAUCGAUGAGGUCAUGCAGUUUGUGAGCGACGCCGACCCCUCGGCCCUGGCCCCGCACGCUGAGCUGUUCAGGAAACACGAGAUUGACGGCAAGGCCCUGAUGCUGCUGAGGAGUGACAUGGUGAUGAAGUACAUGGGUCUGAAGCUGGGGCCCGCCUUGAAGCUGUGUCACCACAUAGAGCGGCUAAAACAGGGCAAAUUGUAGAGCUGAAACGCAGAAUGGAACAGGGCAAACUGUAAAGGUGAAACACAUAUACUGAAACAGGACAAACUGUAGGGCUGAAACUGUAGAAUUGUAACAGACUGAAACAGGGCAAAUGGACUGAAACACAGAAAAGAACGGGGCAAACUGUAGAGCUGAAACAGGGCAAACUGUAGAGCUGAAACAGGGCAAACUAUAGAGCUGAAACAGGGCAAACUAUAGAGCUGAAACAGGGCAAGCUGUAGAGCUGAAACGGGGCAAGCUGUAGAGCUGAAACGUGGCAAGCUGUAGAGCUGAAACGUGGCAAGCUGUAGAGCUGAAACGUGGCAAGCUGUAGAGCUGAAACGUGGCAAGCUGUAGAGCUGAAACGGGGCAAGCUGUAGAGCUGAAACGGGGCAAGCUGUAGAGCUGAAACGGGGCAAGCUGUAGAGCUGAAACGGGGCAAGCUGUAGAGCUGAAACGGGGCAAGCUGUAGAGCUGAAACGGGGCAAGCUGUAGAGCUGAAACAGAAACUCAUCCUACCACAGAAUGUCCCACAGCAUCUCUUACAGGUGACCCAAUACUCAGCCUCUAACAGUCUCUUCAGGGGCACACAGCCCCCUCUAGCCCCCAGCCUGCACUAAGCCCUCUUUAUCUCUGAGCUCUCUCACUCCGGUUAGGUUAUCUGUGGUAACAUGCCUCUAACAUACAGACAGUGUGGAAACACAUGGUGUGGAUCAGUGAAAACAUGCGUCGUGCAUCGCUGGCACCACAUUACCUCAUCCCCUCCCCAGCCAAUCAGAGCUGGGCAAGCCAAACACAGAAGGCUGUGAUUGGUUGGAUCCCAAAGCAACAGACUCUCUCCAUAGUGUUUACAUUGAAUAGCACAGACUGACUAACCUACACUAGGACAUGCUAAGACUUUUUACUGAGUAAUGUUUCAUCCUGCUUCUGGAGCCCAAAGAUGUACAAUGUUUUCUUCUAUGACGUUCUGUUUUUAUUAUCAUAAAUAUCCUGUUAAUAAGGAGGAUGUGUAUAUAAAUUUAACAGUGACGAUAUUAGAUGCUAAACCUGUUUACAGCUGCAGAAUGUCUAUUUCAAUUCCUGUUAGUUCAAUAAUGUGUCCAUGAGGCUGGAUGAUCUGCAGUUUAAGGCCUCUGGCCUGUUGCCAUGACGGUCACUAGCCUCUCAUGGUAAAGGGUGAAAUGUGUUACUAGUGUUAGCAGGUGACUUUCCCCAAUGUAAGAUGGCCAUUGUCUUAAACAGCUAAACGUGUCAGACGGACAGGCACACAGACAGUCAACCUCCAACCAGUGGAGAUAAUCAGGCAGUGCUUUUGAAACUCAAAAUCCCUGUGAGUGUGGUGUUUGAUGUGGGGAUUAAUGAAGGUCAUGCUGUUAAAGAGAUCGCCCCUUCUGGUGGUGUCAAGCACGGAGGCGUUGUCCAGAGAUCGCCCCUUCUGGUGGUGUCAAGCACGGAGGCGUUGUCCAGUUUUCAUCAAUACAGAACUGUCGAGAAAGAGUAUUUUAAUUUAUUUCCAGAAGUUAUUUCAGAUGACUGCUCAGUUAUUCUAGUAGUUAUUUCAGAUGACUGCUCAGUGAUUCUAGAAGUUAUUUCAGAUGACUGCUCAGUGAUUCUAGAAGUUAUUUCAGAUGACUGCUCAGUGAUUCUAGAAGUUAUUUCAGAUGACUGCUCAGUGAUUCUAGAAGUUAUUUCAGAUGACUGCUCAGUGAUUCUAGAAGUUAUUUCAGAUGACUGCUCAGUUAUUCUAGUAGUUAUUUCAGAUGACUGCUCAGUGAUUCUAGAAGUUAUUUCAGAUGACUGCUCAGUGAUUCUAGAAGUUAUUUCAGAUGACUGCUCAGUGAUUCUAGAAGUUAUUUCAGAUGACUGCUCAGUUAUUCUAGUAGUUAUUUCAGAUGACUGCUCAGUUAUUCUAGAAGUUAUUUCAGAUGACUGCUCAGUGAUUCUAGUAGUUAUUUCAGAUGACUGCUCAGUGAUUCUAGAAGUUAUUUCAGAUGACUGCUCAGUGAUUCUAGAAGUUAUUUCAGAUGACUGCUCAGUGAUUCUAGAAGUUAUUUCAGAUGACUGCUCAGUUAUUCUAGUAGUUAUUUCAGAUGACUGCUCAGUUAUUCUAGUAGUUAUUUCAGAUGACUGCUCAGUGAUUCUAGAAGUUAUUUCAGAUGACUGCUCAGUGAUUCUAGAAGUUAUUUCAGAUGACUGCUCAGUGAUUCUAGAAGUUAUUUCAGAUGACUGCUCAGUGAUUCUAGAAGUUAUUUCAGAUGACUGCUCAGUGAUUCUAGAAGUUAUUUCAGAUGACUGCUCAGUGAUUCUAGAAGUUAUUUCAGAUGACUGCUCAGUUAUUCUAGUAGUUAUUUCAGAUGACUGCUCAGUUAUUCUAGUAGUUAUUUCAGAUGACUGCUCAGUUAUUCUAGUAGUUAUUUCAGAUGACUGCUCAGUGAUUCUGGAAGUUAUUUCAGAUGACUGCUCAGUGAUUCUAGAAGUUAUUUCAGAUGACUGCUCAGUGAUUCUAGAAGUUAUUUCAGAUGACUGCUCAGUGAUUCUAGAAGUUAUUUCAGAUGACAGCUUGUUCUAGUUUCAAGAGUAAAGGGGACAUAUUAAAGGGCUUUCUAUCUAGGUUUCAGUUUGAUAUUAAAGGUGCUGUACACAGGAUUUUUAAAUUUAAAUUUUGUGUUGUAAUUUCAGAAAAUGUCCAUAAUAUAUCUACAGAAAUAGUGGAAUGAUGGUGUGUUUCACAGUAUUGCUUGCCAGUGUUGUGAUUGACUGAUAUUUGCCUCAAAAUGUAAUAGUUUUGACUUUAACUGUGUUAUCAAGUGGGAAUCGCUCUGCAAUUUAAAUUGUACAAUGAUUUCCCUACACUAUUCAGUGCUUGUUUUUUCACAUAAACUGAAAUUGAGCGAACAGUGUAGCAACCAGGGAAUAACACAUUUAAAAAUCCACUAAAUAACACAGUCUGAAUUUACAAUGCAAAAAUUCUACUAAAAAAUCCUGUGUAGCGUCUUUUAAUAUUAGUCCGAGUCGGAGAUAUCCUCACCUGCUAUUGGUCCCUGCAGGAAGUCAUGUUGUCAGUUGGACCAUUUGUUAAAACAGAUUUAUGAGUUUAACCAUAAAUAUCAGACACAAGAAUGUACAUUUUUGUAGAAAAUAAAUAUUUUAAUGAAAUUUAUAUAUAAGUAGAAAUGUAAAGAUUAUGGGUGAGGGAGGGACAAUAUAUUUCAUACUGCCUUUUUAAUGCUUUAUAUAUCUUUUAGUUGAAACGCCCUCAACAUAAUACAGCAGAACCUGCCUUUACUUUGAGAUCUCUCAGGGCGUCUUAGUUAAUACACUUUUGUAGCAUUCUGUUCUGGGUAUUGUAAACCAUUCUUCUGUUGCUGGUGAGUUGAAGUUAAGGACUCAUUGUGCCAUAAAGCAACACAAGGACAUAGUGAUCUUGUCAAAUUCUUUUAAAGCAGCUCAAAUUACUUGAAAAAGAUGCUGUAAGUCAUGCUUGUUUAUAAAGUCACACCUGAAAUAAAAGUGUAUUUUCUGUUUUAUAGAUAUCCCAAAUGGAAA